GAGCCCCUUUCUUCUUCAAUGCUCUCAUCUUUCUCUCUCUACAUUCAAAACACUUUGAAUUUUAGAGCGCAAUAUAUACAUGGCGAAAGUUGGGAAGCUAACAAAGCUCAAAUCUGCAAUAAAAAGAUGGCCGUCUCUAACGAAACUGACCCGCACCAGCAGCGCCAUUGCGGCGUCGGAUCAUCACGCAGUUUAUGUCGGCAAGUCUCGGCGGAGAUACCUGGUAAGGUCGGAGAUCAUCUGCCACCCUCUUUUUCAAGAGCUGAUCGAUAGGUCCGGCGGCAAUGGCGGCGGUGCUGGUAGCGGUGAUGAUGAUGAUGAUGAAGUUAUGGUGUCUUGCGAGGUUGUUUUGUUCGAUCACUUGCUUUGGAUGCUCGAGAACGACGGAGCUCAGUUGGGUUCCAUGGAAGAGCUGGUCGAGUUCUACACUUGCUAACCAAAAACAAAAAAAAAAUGAAAAUAGAUAAUGCAUAUGUUGAAUUUGUAAAAAGAUGAAGGGCAUGAAUGCAAAAUAAUGGGAAUUUAAGUAGUGUUAGGAAAUACGAAUGCCCUUUUGGGGACGUUGAGGUGAUUAACCCAUAUAUGAUUUUAGCUGCGGGAGGAUCGAUUUGCUCAUCAACAACUUUCAUAAGAAUUUGCUUUUAUGCUCUGUUUUCUUCAAUUUUAACAUUCUAGUCCAUUUUAUUAUCCAUGUUAAGGACUAAAUGCUUGU